GAGUUUUUCUUCAUCGGCCUCCAGUUCCUCAACACGCGCGGUAGCUUCACAGGAGGCCCUCUCGAGGUCUGCUUGAUGCUGCUCUCCUCCAUCUCGAGGUGGGUCAUCUGGUAUGCCCUGGAGCAUUUCGUGAAGCAGUUCACCUCAUUGACGAUCCAGUCUGCAGACACAUCAGCGUCCCUGGCGGCGUUCCGCGCAGUUCUGUCCAGCCAGUGCGACGCGGAAGCGUAUUUAGGCGAGGAUCUUUUCUUCGUGGAUCCCUCUCAGAAGCUGGCCCACUUCUUUGGAGUGAAGUCGGAGGAGCUGCGACACAGGUCGUUGACCCAGUUCCUGUCCCAUGAUGACCAAGCCAGAGUGUGGACACUGGUGAGUUCUUCUGUCGCAGGCCUACCCGGCCUACCCUCCACGAAUUCUGGACCAGGGACAGCCCGGUGCUUGACGGUGACUCUGCAUACCGGCGAUGGUCGGCAGGUGGAGACACAACUCUGCCUGUCAAGCGUUCCUGCCACCUUGGGCCAGGCCGUCUCCCACGUAGUUGCACUGAACGAGGUGAAGGAACAGUGUGUCUCUCCAGCUCCGGGAACCGUCGAUGAGAUCAUCCCUGAGGAUGCCGCGGAUAUCGCAGACGAGCUGAUGCCUGCGCUGGAUCCUGCCGAGGCGACCAAGCCGGAUAGCAGUGCUGCGGGGGUCACCCUAAAUGCGGAGAAUUUGGCCUUCCAUGCCUGGUCUUCCGAGCCCAACACGCCCCAACCCUGUGGAGCAGUCCAUUCUGUGACGCUACGCUUCGAUCCAAGCACAAUGGAGGUGUCGGACAUCUCCCUCUCAGUCAAGCCGAAAGGCAACAGGUCUAACCGAGGGCGGCGAGUGGGCCUCCGCGAGUGCAUUGUUCCAGGUGUCUGGAAUGACGUUAACGACUGGAUCACAAAGUCACUUUCGGACGGAACGUCUCAGGCGCCAGCGAUUGUGCCCUUCGCCUUUCCAAAGAUGGCCACAGAGGUCAUGGCUGCGAGGCGAUCUGAGCUGAAAUGGGUUCGAAGUCCUGGACAUGGGAAGGAGAUCAUGCUGACUCUAUGCGACAUCCGCAUACGAAGAUUUCGUGAAAGACAGCAAGGAAGCAUUAUUCGCGCCGUUGGCCGCGGAACUAGUUCCGCGAUCAGUCGAGAGAGCUUCGGCAGCGAUGCAAGGGUACACGAUGAUGAAGAGAAGCAAUUGAUACGUCCUUGGGCUCCUCCCAAAUCCAUGCGACGCAUGUAG